AUGCGUGCACUCAUCUUUAUCCUUUCGAUCACGGCUUUAUGUCGUUGUGACUGUGAGGAUAGAGGGAGAAUAUACAGUAAUGAAGAUAUGUGGAUUGACGGGUCGUUCAUCAAAAAAUGCACAAGCGCUGAAGACGAUACAAUGUCAGGAUGGAAGAUAGAAAUUGUUUUUUGCUUGACGAAAUUUUAUCAGGAGGUUCCCGUCGACGGUACACGCGAAUUCGGCAACAGACGAUAUACCUUAAAUUAUUAUUGGUGUUUAUUUAACAACAACACUAUGGAUGGAGCUUGCGAGAUCCAUUCGAGACCGAAACAAGCAGUUUGCGAGAUACAUUCGCACGAGCAAGAGCAAAAGCCUGUUUGCCAGGCACAUCCACCACCGCCGCCACCGCCAAUGGCACCACCACCACCUCCUGUUCAAGAACAACAACAUACUCAUACCUGUACACAUUCACAUGAAACACCACCAGUGAUUCAUCGUUGUCAUCAUCAACAACAACAACAACAACAACAACCACCUCCUCCACCAAAAGUGGCAGUGGCUCCACCACCACCACCGAGGCCAACAGGCGAUGCGUUGGAUGAGGUCCCAUUGUACGGAAAAUGGAAUAGCUAA